GGUCCACCAUGGCGGCCACCGCGACCAGCAACCCGUCUCAGCUGCUGCCGCUCGAGCUUGUGGACAAAUGCAUAGGCUCCCGCAUUCAUAUUGUGAUGAAGAGUGAUAAAGAAAUUGUUGGAACACUUCUAGGAUUUGAUGACUUUGUCAAUAUGGUGUUAGAAGAUGUUACAGAAUUUGAGAUUACACCUGAGGGCAGAAGAAUCACAAAACUGGACCAGAUACUGCUAAAUGGAAACAACAUAACAAUGCUGGUUCCUGGAGGAGAAGGACCUGAAGUAUAAAUGGAUACAGUUGUCAUCUGUGAAGACAUAUAUAUAUAUAUAUAUAUAUAUAUAUAUGUAUAGAAUAUAAUAUAAAUAGAGCUUUUGGGAUAUGGGUGUGUUUGUUGGUUAUUUAUUUUGUUUACGCACUCUUGCAGUUGAUAUUUGAUAACAGAGAGUGAUUUCCUCUUCAGGAAAGGUGCACUGCUAAUGAUGAUGCUGACUUCGUAAGUUGAAAUCAUUACUUUUUUGUAAAGAUGCACAAAUCUGUCCUGAAUAAAAGACUUUCUUUUUAUUA